AUGGCGCCGGUGCUCUUCACAUCGGCAGCUCCAGGCAAAAAGGCGGCGCCUAAAGCACCUGCGCGACGACGACCAGCACCACCGCCAUCUGGACCGCCGCCGUCAGCACAGCCAGAGUCCACGCCUGCGACGAAUGUAGCCCCGCCGUCCCCUCCAGCUCCACAGCCACCCGUAGCGGAAGAUGCAGAGCCCGUACGUCACGAGUUGCCUCCAGCGAAAGAGCCAGAUCAGCCACCAUCUGAGCCUGUGCGAGAGCCCGAAGUUGAGCAAAUCCAGCCAGAGCCGGAACUCGUGAAGACUACUACACAACCUCUACCGACUCCUCAAUCUAGUCUUGAGCACCAUGUUGAGCCCGCACGUGAUCCAGUCGUAGAGAAGCAGCCGAUACCACAACCCGAGCCAGUCCGCCAACCUACUCCAGAGUCGACUCAUUCUACCGCAGAGCAGCCGCAACAGGCACACUCUGAUAUCGUCCAUGCCAGGCACGAGAGCGCUGUGCAAACAUCUCAGCACGACGAAAAUCUUACCCCUCUUCCCGAGCCAAUACAAGCCGGCACUGAGAAGCAGACAGAAUCUCCAACCCGCACACUGCAGGAGCAACGAUUAGAGGAAUUCAGGCAGGUCAGCGCUGCACAUGUCCUCCAAGCAGCCAGUGCCGCAACAACGCGCCCAGCAAAGCGAUCAGCACCAGAUGUCGAAGAGUCUGCAGUAUCACGACCUGCUAAAAAGGCAAAGCGCUCAUCUGCGCGGAGCAAUGCGAAGGUCGCAGCCGCUGUAAAUGGGGAAGAUGUGCAAACCCAAGAUGUAGCAACCCAAGAUGUGACAGAACAAAAAAGGUCAAAUCAAGAUGCAGCCGCAGCUCUCGUCAAGGCCACGCCAAAGUCGAAGAAGGGCAAGAAACAAGCCCCAGAGUCGACUACCGCCACCAGGCGCUCGACGAGGACGAAAAAAGACUCUGCGAAGAAGAAGAGCGCAUCAACAAUCGUCGAUUCUGAUGAUGAGAUGGAGGGCGUAGAGAGUACAGCGUCCACUCAAGGGCAACCGCAGCAAGGUGCAGAGGCUGACGAGGCUGGAGAGGCCGAGGUGGCAGCUCCGAAGCGAAAAUCCAGAGCGAAGCCGAAAGCAAAGGUAGACUCAAACAAGCCCAAGAGAGGUCGCAAGAGAAGAAUGCCUACGAUAGCCGAGGAAGCUGCAGCGAUAGAAGGCCAGAACGAGGCCGAGCAAGCUGCACAAGAAGAAGCAGGAGAAGAGUCAGAUGCCGAGCUGCACGAAAUUGAUCCAAACACUCUUUCCAUGUGGGAUCUGAGUUAUGACUCGAAGAAUGGCAAAAUGUCGGAGCGUGGCAAAAAGAUGAAUGAAAUUGACUGGGAGGAGGUUGCUGCAAAGCGGAAAGCGGAGGCCAACUUGAUCGCGGCUGGUGGCGCAGAACAAACAGCUCCACCAGGCACCGUAGCAUCGACAGAGGCAGCAGGUGGUGCGACUGAAGGCCACGCUGAAGGCGCGGCAGAGGGCGAAGAGCCUGCAGCCGAAGCAUCAGCGACACCCGCCCCAGAUGCUGACGACGGCGACAUUGAAUUCCUUCUCAACGACGAGGGCCAGAUUGUCGAAGAUGAGAGCACGAUGCAGGUGGACAGUACUGCUGCGGCGAUGGCGGCUGCUGCUGACAGGCCUGUGGAGGAGGUCAAUGACCUGACCACCCAGAUCAAUCGAACUAGCUGGAUCAACAACAACCGGCGAGAAGCUACGGAUCGAGUACCGCUGUGGAAAUGGAAGAGUGAUCCUUGGUCUGAAGAGGAGACGGAUCGCUUUUACGACGCGCUUCGCAUGUUUGGUACUGACUUUCUCGUCAUCAGCAAAAUGUUCCCGCCAAAGACUCGGCGCAUGAUCAAAUCGAAAUUCACUCGAGAGGAGAAGCUGGAUCCGCAACGUGUGACUGAUGCUCUACUCGGUAAGCAAACUGUCCGAAUGGAUCUCAACCACUAUGCUCGGGAGACCUCCAGAGACGUCUCGGUCUUCACCAAGUACGAAAGCCUCGAACACGCUCAACAAGUCAUCAACGAAUCCAUGAAGGAGAAGCAGGAAGCCAUGACAACGGCCGCCGAGAAAGAAGCGCAGCUCGAGGCAGAGAAGCGCGAGAAAGAAAAGCAGAAGGAAAAAGAUAAGGCCAAGCGAUCGAAAAAAAGCAAGAAGGCAAAAGCAGCUGGCACGUUCGGAGGUGGUGGCCCUGCUGAGGAUGGGGACUGA